UCCGUGCUAACGAACGGCUAAUGCUAAUUCCAAGUCGUUAAAUGUAUGAAAUAGUCCUACAUUAAAGUCAUAAAAAAAUACAGUUAUAACGGCUACAAAGCUCGGGAGUAUACUUUGAUAUGGGGGACGCAGAGUUUGCGGACGAAAUCGCUCGGUUGUGCUACGAGAGUUUCAGCCAACUUCCCCCGAGAGGGAAGCCGGAGCCCGGCAGAGAGUGGACUCUGCUGGCCGCUGUGGUCCGACUCUCCCGGGGCUCGCACUCCCGAGCAGUUGAAAAGCAAGUCGUGUCUCUGGGAACUGGAACUAAAUGUAUCGGCAAGUCGUCCAUGAGUCCGAACGGUGAUGUGCUGAAUGACAGCCAUGCUGAGGUCAUCGCCCGCAGAGGCUGCAUCAGGUACCUGACGUCGGAGCUGCUGCGAGCCGUGCGAGGAGCCGACAGCUCGGUGUUCCAGCCGGCAGAGGAGCCGGGGAAGUGGAGGCUGCAGCCCGACGUCUCCUUCCUCUUCUUCACCAGUCAUACUCCUUGCGGCGAUGCCUCCAUCAUCCCCAUGGCGGAGAGUCAGUGUCAGCCGUGUGCGUCUGUGCAGUCCCACCCCCGGAAGAGGAAAGCUGAAGAAACCGUCAAGAGAGCGAAGCAGCCACGGCUGGUGGAGCCGACGGUGGUCGACGCGGACCCGUCACAGAAUCACACCUCAGACUCUCAACUGGACCCGACGCAGGACAUCCACCGCACAGGAGCCAAGUGCGUCCCGGGCGGCCCCGCUGACCCCCUGAGCCCAGGCCUGGGGUACCACAGCACCGGGCUGCUGCGGGUGAAGCCGGGACGAGGAGAGCCCACGGUGUCUCUGUCCUGCAGCGAUAAGCUGGCGCGAUGGUGCGUCCUGGGCUUCCAGGGGGCGCUGCUCUCCCACUACCUGCAGGGGGCGCUGUACUUCAGCACCGUGGUGGUGGGCAAGUGUCCGUACAGCCAGGAGGCCUUGCACAGAGCUCUGGUCACGCGCUGUGCUCGCACGUCAGGACUUCCUGUCGGCUUCUGCGUCACCCCUCCUCGUCUCCUGCAGUCCAGUCUGGAGUUCCCCUUCAGUCUGAGCCCGACGGUGGCUCGGCACCGGCCCGGCCAGGGUCGCGUGUCGCCCUGCGGGGCAGGGUCCUGGGUCUGUCCCCGCAGCCAUCAGCUGGUGUCGCGUCCCCGAGCUGCCUCUAGAUGUCACCGCCAACGGCUACAAACAAGGAGUCACCAAGAAGGACCUGGGCUCGGCCAAGUCCAGGUCUCUGCUCUGCAAACUGGAGCUCUUCCAUUCGUUCCUGUCCCUGGUCUCGGCCACCGAGCCGGCUCAGCUCCCAGAGACCCUCAGGUCAACCCACCUGAAGACCUACCUGGACUACAAGAUGGCUGCCUGCAGCUACCAGGACGCCUGGCUGCGGCUGCGCUCUCAGGUCUUCCCUCUGUGGCCGCGCUGUGACCCAGGCCUGCUCCACUUCUGUUGACCCAGGGGGCGGAGCCUAUCUCAGACUGUCUCAAAGAAAGAGAACUGAACUGAAACAAUAACCUGCAGUCCAAAAAUAGUGAGAUGAAGAAAUCAUCUUUUAAUAAAGCCAAUGUUUUCUAUGAUGGAAAACGUAAAUAGUAGAAGUGAAGAUAAUAUAAGAUAGUUGAAGAGAAAAGGUGUGUGGGGUGGUGUUGAAUAAAAAAAGAGCUCCAUGGCAACCGUCUAUUUUGCUAUCUAGAUGGGGUGGAGGGGCACAGAUCAAAUGAUCAGACCUUCUUCCUUUUAGGUUCAUAAUUCGGCCUCCCUCAAAUAUUUCAGUGGAGAUUCAGCGAGUGAAGCUGACAGGAGGAGCGUCCAGGGGGGAGGAGGAGCGCGAGGUGUCGCAGGUACAGCCGCCCGAGAACUGGUUCCACAGUGGCAUCUACGACUCCCACCAGUCUGGCUUUUCAGAGCAAGCUUGCCUCUCUGACAGAAAUCCUUCAGGGCAAACUGAGCCGCACAUUCAGGACCCCAGACUUCUGAACCAGGGAUGUUAGUUGAAACAAACCCAAUUAUUUCCAACCCUACAUUAUAGGAAAUUCUGAACCAUAAAUCAAGAAGUAUUAUUAAUGAGAGGUGAUGUUUCCAAGACACACGUGUGGUUUCAUAGAUUUUAUUAAAUAUUCAGCUUUUAUUCACAUGAUUUGGCUGUCAAUUGGAGCAGUUGUGUGGUGGUCACCUGGAGAAGCGCAGCUCCGAGUGACGUGUGAGCGCGGUGUUGCUGGGUCUGGAGCUCUGUGUGCUGCCCCUUGUUUGGUAGGAAGUGUUGAUAAAAACAAUGCUUUGAUAGAAAGUACUGCCGCGUGGGAAGUACUCCUCAAAUAUUCGGCUAAAAGGUCAUAGCUUGUACUGCGAGUCGUGUUGAUGCUCUUGUUCCCAAAGUCCCGUCGGACAGUGUCUGCGUGUGUGUGUGUGUGUGUGUGUUGGGAAGAGACGAGCUCCGCCAGGCAGUCAGUGGUGUUCACCGAAGGUGUUCUCCCCGCUGUAGGCCACGUACAGGAAGCCGUCCUCGUCCUUCUCCUUGUCGUACAGUUGCCCCAUCGUCAGACUGGAACAGGCAAGAGUUUCAAUCAUUAUUUCCUCCACUCAACUUUCACCGCCUGCUUCUCUUCCCCUGCAGAUGGCCACUUCCUGCCGUCUCCAGGAAGUUUUGACUCUGUUGAUCGUCUACUGGCCUCUACCUACGUAACAGAUCACUUCCUGUUUUUGUUUUUCACAUUAAGAGCCUGUCAGGAGUCUGAGAGACUCACUCUGGGCUCCAACGCGCACCUCAAGUUACAAGUCAGACCCUGUUCUUUCCUGCCAGCACAGCCAGCUCCACUCAAGGGACUCGCUAAGAACUCAGUGAGUCCAGCCCACUUCCUGUCAAGCAAAGUGACUACCUUGGACACGUCGGACUUCGCUAUAUUGUGGGUUUGACUCGUCCCGAUUUCAAUCUGAAGAAUCGGUGGCAGCUCAAGUCAGUGCGACUCACUCGGGUUUGUUUCACUUGUGGACUCGUCGUCAACGUGAUUCCUGUCGAGCAACUCAAGUCACAGGAGCUGUUGAAGUCAGGACUUGGCAGACUUCUCGACUGAGUCUCGGUCGCAUGACAACUUGGUGAGAGUGACUCACACUCUGCUCCGUGUCUCACGUUGCCAGGACUCUCGAAUGUAAUGAAGAGUGCAAGACGUUUUGUAGCAGCUCGACACAAACAGACGACUCGCUCCGCGGCAACUGAGCAUUCCCGACCUCUGACUCGAGUGUAACAUGGACACACUUGGACUAAACAAUGGCACACUUGUCCACAAGUAUCCAGCUCCUGCGCGAGAGAGAUGCUCCAGUCAGAUAGACCUGUUCACUCCUGUGGGACUCAGGGAUUUCGUCUUAUCACUUCCUGUCAACAUAGUCAGGUUAUAGGGACUCGCUCGGACGUGGAGUAUUUUCACAAGUCUCCGAUGUUCUCCACCGCCACAGACUGGGAUGAAGAAAGUUCAUCUCUUACAGCUUCCAGUCAAGCAGCUUCAGUCACAGGGACUCACUUGGAUAUGUGUGACUCGUGCGGGUGUGUAGGAUUAAAUGACCCUUAGAUUCGCUCUACUUCCCGACCAAAUUCUGGGAACCAGGUCAGAGCAUGGUCCGGUGAAACCCGGGUCAGGGUGCGGCGGGUCACAUGAUCUGACGUUCGCAGAUGGGCCGAUACGCGAGUCAUUUGAAACCCAAACACAGGCAAUCAAGUCUUAGUCGUGAUGCGCUCGAGUCGACCCGCUGACCUGGACUGGGGCACGGUUUUGUCGAUGAAGAGGAAGAUGGCUUUCUCUGAAGGCAGCUGGAUGCGUUUCCUGAUGAUCCACAUGAACUGGGCCACCGUGAUGUCAGACGGCACCAGGUACUUCCUCUUGUCGAUGUCCACGAUCUGAGAGCCCGACACCUUCUCCACGAUCACCUGCAGCACACACACACACACCUGAGGGUUGGCAACAUCUUUUGAAGGGAAAACAAACAACAAAAACAUUUGAAACACUGGACAGGUGGAGACAUGAAAUCAGGAUUUUCAUGGAAAAUGAAGGGAAGCGAGUGCCAGCCACGACCUCAGGCCUCCACAGAGCAGUGUUGCGUCACAGUUUGCUUCACCGGCAGCUUCUCUGAGGUCCUCUGGUUUCAGUCGGACUGUAACUGAACUCUCGGGCGGCACAAAGGUCCGAGGACUUGUGGGUGCAGCAGGAACAAAACCAGGAUCAGAUGUACCAGCUUUUGUGGUCCACAUAAAAGCAACAAACCCGUCGGACCUGUCGGUUCCGUCCCGCGACACUGGGUCAGAGGUCAGCCAGCCGCGUGUCCCGUCCUCCUCUGGUGGACACUUUUUUAAAUAAACUUUAUUCAUCUUAAUAGGUGACUUAAUUGAUUCCAGGAGUGGAUUUAGUCAGGAGCCGGGGCAGAGCUGUUCCUCUCGCCACCUGA